AUGAAAGAAAUUAGCACCAGAAAAUUAAAAUGCGAUAUCUUUCAAGAUUUGAGAAAAGUAGGCGAAUCUGAUAACAACUCUGAAGACAAGUCUAUUUUUGAGCCAGGGGCACGGAGUAGCAAUGCCUCUAGAUUUGCUUAUCUCAGUAAUAGCAGUUAUGAGAGUAUGUUCUGGAACCAUGCUCGAUAG